AUGUACUCCUGCUCCAACUACCCUCGAGGCUGCCGCGGUCGCUGCAACAUCCAAGGCGGUAAAUGCAGUGAUUGCACAUCGCUCAAUCUACGACGACCUCGCACAAUGGCAUCCCCGUUUGCUCAGAAUCAAGGCGAAUUCCGCCGCCUCGCCCAGAUGACCUCCUGCGCCCAACCCGAGGCUCCCGAUAAGUCCAACCAGGUGUAA